CACUUUAACUUUCCUCCUCUUACCUGAACACAAUUCAGACCGGACAAGUUCAACUGCCACCAUGAAAUAUUUGGCUCUGGCUUUGCUGUUUUGUGCUUUGGCGUCGCUAUCAGAUGCUUCAUGUUACACUAAGGCCUUAAAACCAGGCAUGACCCAUUGUCAAGACGACCGUGAUCAUACCUGGCAUCCAGUUGGAUCUUUAUGGAGAAACAGUGAAUGUUUGGACUGUAGCUGCAAUGGAUGUUGCUCUGCGUACACAACCCCCACAGAGGUCCCUGAAGACUGUGUGGCAGUUUUGGACACACAGGCUUGUGAAUACAUAGUGCACACAAAGGGAAACUCAAAUGGACUGUGUGAAGGAGUGAAGAUAUGGAAAAUGUCUGCCGUCUAAAAAUGACUAACCCCUCGGCUCCUCUGCUGGGCCAUGAUGUUCGUCCCUUGAUUGGCUCGAGAUUACUGGAAGUUAUGCUUGUUAAAGGCAGCUUAAACAAAACAACAUUAUAUUGGAGAGCUUUAAAAGAACGAAUAGUGUCAUGUCACACAAACACAGAAACACAAACAUUUUUAGUGGCAAUGGAAUUGACAUAGUUGUUAAUAAAUCCGAUACAACUUCUGUAUGCCGUGCUGUCUUGCCUUUAGAAUAUCGUUUUGCAUC